GCGCAAUUUGUUUUGAUACCGGUGGAACUUUGCAGUGAGUGCGGUGACCUGGAGGAAAAACCGUGGAUGGUGAUUACUACGCCAAGGCGUCUUCGUUCCAGGCAGUUCUUAGCUCAGGGCUCUCAUCUUUGCUCACGGCAAAAGGAUGCCACGAAGAAAGAAAAAAAUUAAAGAAGCCUCUGAAAGCCAUAACUCAGAGAAGAAGGAUCGAGAAACCACCAGUCCCGUCAGUAUAAAGAAGAAGCGUAGACUUGAGGACUUAUUCAUAGUGAUAUCUGAUAGUGAUGGAGAGGAAGCAAAAGAGGAGAAUGGAUUGCAGAAAAUGAAGACAAAACAGUCGAACAGAUCAAAAUGUUUGGCUAAAAGAAAAAUUGCACAGAUGUCAGAAGAAGAACAAUUUGCUUUGGCUCUCAGAAUGAGUGAGCAGGAAGCUAGGGAGGUGAAUAGCCAGGAGGAGAAAGAAGAGGAGCUCUUGAGGAAAGCCAUUGCUGAAAGCCUGAAUAGUUGCUGGUCUUCUGAUGCUUCUGCUACCAGUUCUCAACCUUUGGCUAUUGGAUCAUCUUCACAUUCCCAUCAAGAGAACACCAAAGAUUCUGGAACCACUGAAGGCAUAUCGCAGCUGGUACCUCCAUCACUGUUUAAAGACUCACAUAUCAGUCAGGGAAACGAGGCUGAGGAAAGAAAAGAGCCCUGGGACCACAAUGAAAACACUGAAGAGGAGCCGGUCUCUGGCAGCUCAGGAAGCUGGGACCAGUCAAGCCAGCCAGUGUUUGAGAAUGAGAGCAUUAAAAGUUUUGACAGAUGUACUGGCCACUUGGCUGAGCACACAAAGUGUGGGAAGCCACAGGAAAGUACUGGGAGUGGUUACGCUUUUCUCAAAGCUGUCCAGGGUAAGGGGGACACAUCUAGGCAAUGUCUUCCUACCCCAACAGACUCCAAAGGUCUCCAGGACAAUGGGGGCACUGUGCACUACUACUGGGGUAUUCCAUUCUGCCCUGCUGGAGUAGAUCCUAACGAAUAUACCAGUGUCAUUCUCUGCCAGUUGGAGGUUUAUCAGAAGAGCCUGAAAAUGGCUCAGAGGCAGCUUUUUAAAAAAAGAGGGUUUGGGGAACCAGUGUUACCUAGACCUCCUUUUCUGAUCCAGAAUGAAUGUGGCCAAGAAGAUGAGACUAGUGAAAAAAAUGAAGGCAUCUCAGAAGAUAUGGGAGAUGAAGCCAAAGAGGAAAGGCAGGAAUCUAGGGCAUCUGUCUGGAACUCAGAAACCAAGGAUUUUCAAAAAAGUUCAAUUAAAAGCUUGAAACAGGAACUUUUGUUGGAGGAAGAACCAACAACCAGUCAUGGUCAGUCUUCCCAAGGUCUAUUUGUUGAAGAAACUUCAGAAGAAGUUCUGAAGAGUUCUGAAGAAGGAAAUUGUGUGCCUGUCUCACAAAGCAUUGCAGCUUUGGCCAAUAAGAGAAGCUUAGUCCUUAUGCCAGAGUCUUCUACAGAAGAAAUUACUGUUUGUCCUGAGACACAGUUAAGUUCCCCUGAGCCCCUUGACCUCAAUAGAGAAGACUCUCCAGAUUGCAGCGAGGUUCCCAUUGAAGUAAGAAGGACAGUGAGUGAUAAGCAGGUUGGUGAUAGAGAAAAUGGUGAGAAAGCAAUUCCCACUCCUACAUUCUCGUCUAGUACCCGGGUGUCCUGUCCACUGUGUGACCAAGACUUUCCUCCCACAAAGAUUGAACAACAUGCCAUGUACUGCAAUGGUCCGAUGGAGCAGGAAACAGUGUUGACUCGGAAUCGGAGAGAGGCCAGGAACAAAAGUGACAGUAAGACAUCUACCCGGACUUCCCUGGACAUCAACAAGAAGGAGAAGUGUUAUCUAUGUAAGUCCCUGGUCCCACUUGGAGAGUAUGAGUGUCAUGUAGAGGCCUGUCUCCAGCAUGCAAAAGGAGAUAGAGGAGAUGGAACUGAAGUGGGUAAGAGAACCAGAGUGUGUGCAACUGUGGAAGGCAAACAGCAGCAACGGCUGAGGAAGCCAAAGGACAAAGACCACAGUGAAGGCCGACUGCUCAGUCUCUUGGAACAGUCUGAGCACAAGACCAUAGGUGUAGAGAAAAAAACCAAGUCUUCAGAAGCAAGAACCUUCAAGAUACCUUCAUCAGAGGUGGAAGAGGCUAGCUGCAGCAGAGAGAUGCAGAGUUCCCUCUCACAGCUCAACUUAAAUGAGUCUCCCAUCAAGUCUUUUGUUCCUGUUUCAGAAGCCAUAAAUUGCUUAGUGGACUUUAAAGACCAGUUUACUUUUCGGUCACGGACCAAAUCAGGCAGAGGAAGGAGGAGAAAAUCUUGAAUUUCUUGGGACUGGAGGUUGACCGGAAUUAUUAUUGUUGGGUUGGUCAUGUUCAUUAAUUAUAGUGGUUCCUAGUUUGU